GGCAGGGGAGGGGAAUCUUCGUGAGUCGCCGAAGACGUUGCACUGCAGACACCGAGUGGCGAUGAUUUUCGCCCUCGUCCUGGCGUCCGCUGUUCGCCUCUCUUCUGUGGUGCGAGCCCAACUGGAGAGGGAAGCUUGCUCUGAGAAUCAUGUGGCUACGUUGGAAUAUCGCUGCACCAAGGCGUCUGGGGAGAUAUCCACGUGUUUAAGGAAGAAAUGUUGCAAGGGUUACAGAUUUGUACUAGGCCAGUGCAUCCCUGAGGAUACUGAUGUCUGUGCUGGCUCACCCUGUGAACAGCAAUGCACUGACAGUUUUGGACGUGUUGUCUGUACGUGUUAUCCUGGAUAUCGUUUUGACCGAGAGCGCCACAGAAAUCAUCAGACACCAUAUUGCCUGGAUAUAGAUGAGUGUUCAGUGCAUAACGGCACACUUUGUGAUCACAAGUGUAUUAACACUCGUGGAAGCUACAGCUGUGAGUGCCAAGAAGGAUUUUACUUGAACAUCGAUGGCAAGUCCUGUCUCAGAGCUUUUAAUGACAGCAGUGCAAUUAAAUCUGAGCACCUGAUGAGUGCUGGCACUUGUUCAGUCACUUGUGAAGAGUUUCUACAGAUGAAGCAGACUUUGGUGCAACUCAAGCAGAGGCUGCUGCUAACAAACCUGGACAACUCCAGUGAAAAAUUACAACUGUCGAGGAAAUGCACAGAAAGACUGCCAUGUCCUCCAUACAUAACGGGCCGACCUGGUGCCCCUGGACCCCCUGGCCCACCAGGAAAUCCGGGACCUCGAGGCAUCAUGGGACCGGGAGGUGCUCCAGGAGCCCCGGGUCCACGUGGGCCCAGAGGUGACAUGGGCCCCAUGGGUCCCACCCCUGAUCUGCCCUCCAUCAAGAGAGGAAGACGAGGUCCAGUGGGUGCACCUGGCACACCAGGAAAGAAUGGGAUGAAGGGUGAGCGGGGACUUCCUGGACCGCGGGGCCUACCAGGUCCCCCCGGAUCGUUUGAUUUCCUCCUACUGAUGAUGGCUGACAUCAGACACGAUAUAAUCGAACUUCAGGAGCGAGUAUUUGGUGAACGACGGGGUAUCACUCUUGACUCUCUGCCCCUAGAUGCACAAGAUAUCGGAUCUGGGCAAGAGGAGGUGGUUCCACAGAGUCCACCAGUAGCAACAGGAGGCUGUGGUCUCAAGUCCACUGCGAAGACCUGA